ACACACAAACACCAUCAAAGCAACUGUUUUUCGUAGACUGCCGAUUAGCCAAAGAGAUUACAGCUGGGGCCCAGUGUCAAAUAAAUAAGGUGAGAGGAGCAACGCAACUCCCACACUGUGAAGGAGAGGUCUGCUCUGCCUAAUGCCCCACGCCACUCCAGCCCAGAGGGAGUAGAGCAGAGGAACGGAGCACAUGCACUCUCACAGAGACAGCAACAGGCAGAAGCAGACAGACAGAGGAGCAAUUUCAAACAGACUAAACUAACCCACGCUACACCAGGGAUUACAUUUUUCUUUUCUUUCAGUCUUUUCCCCCACUCUUUGUGCUAAAUUGACAGUGCGUCUCUCUUUUCUUUGUCUCUGGGAGAUAGCAGUGGCCGUCUUUUUUUUGGGGGGGGAUUUUCUCUCUGAGGUCUCGGUGAGGGAGGCACGGAGGCGAGGGACUGGCGGAGGCAUUCCCAGCUACGCGCGGCCGCGGAUUCCUGUCCGGACGAGGGGGAGCAGAGGGCGGCGGCAGCGCUCGCGUCCGCGGCGACCGGCCGGGGGCCCGGCCUCCCACGCUGCCCCCCCUCCCCCCCCCGGCCCUCCAGCAUGCUCCUCCACGCGCGGCGCUCACCAUGCGGCCAUGGAAAUUGACGGGGGGCGCCCGGGCCUGGCCUCGCCGGUGCCAGCUGCCCCUUCUGCUGGCGCUGCUGCUGGCGCUGCUGCCCGCCGCCUCCUGCGAUGCCCGCCGGCCGCGGGCCGCUAACUCCACCGCUAACUCCACCGCGGCGGCGGGCGGGCGGCACGUGCGCAGCUACACGCAUCUCCAGGGAGACGUGCGGUGGCGCAAGCUCUUCUCCUUCCAGAAGUUCUUUCUCAGGAUUGAUAAAAAUGGGAAAGUCAACGGCACCAAGAGCAGAGACGACCCCUUCAGUGUGCUGGAGAUCAAAUCGGUUGCCGUGGGGAUCGUGGCCAUCAGGGGGCUCACCAGCAACUACUACCUGGCGAUCAGCAAGAGGGGGGAGGUGUAUGGAGCAAGAGACUACGGCGUGGACUGCGAGCUGAAGGAGCGCAUCGAGGAGAACGGCUACAACACCUACGCCUCGGCAGCGUGGAAGAACGGGAAGAAGCAGAUGUUCGUGGGGCUGAGCGCCAAGGGGAAGCCGCUGAGGGGGAAGAAGACCAGGCGGAAGCACAACGCCACGCACUUCCUGCCCAUCGUGGUGUAGCCGCUGAACCCCACCCCCCCCACCCCCCCGACACCCCCAUCCCCCCUCGACCCCACCCCCCGCGCUGGGUCUGCCGGGACCGUUUUACUGCACUGAAGAAGGACGAUUUCCAAAGACGCUAAGGCAAAAAAAAAAAAUACAUUCACAAAAAGGACAUCUGUUCUAGAAGGAAAAGCACUAUUUACAGGAAGAGCCUGAACUCAAGUGGCACGCUAAGUGUCUCGCAGUACGUGCAUUUUUGGGAUGUUUGUUUUUUUGUUUUUUUUGUGAGUUGUGCGCACGGGACUAAAUAGGAAGCCCUUUCUCUGUGCCAAACUGGUUUAAAAUGGCUGAUCGUUAAAAAAAAAAGGAGGAUGACACAGGAAAUGUAAAGGAAACAUGUUUCCUACAUUAGGCUACUUAAAUGUCACGUCAGAGUGAGCUGACAGGGCAGGACUGAGGCCGUGGGGUUUGUGUGCAUGUGCAUUUGCGUGUGAUCGUAGGAAGAAGGUAUUUAUGACGUACGAGCUCAUUUCAAAAGACUUUAAAUGCACACCACUGAAGUCCCAGGCCCACCUGCUGAAGACGCAAACUCGCUGGAGGAACUCUGGGCACGGAGGAGUCCUCUGAACAGAGUAACCGCCGAUAUGACUGGCACACGGAGUCACAGCAUCGUAUUCAUCCACUGCUUAUCCGGACCGCUCGCAAAUAAAUUAUUUAUUUUAUGUAAUAUUUAAAAGGGAAAAAAUAAUACAAAGUGGUCAAUUUUAUUUUCAUUCUUCUAAAGUUCUUCUUACACUUUUCAAAUACUUUCUUUGAGACACGAAUAAAUUCUCUUCCCUAUCUGAA